UUUGUGUCUGUUGCUUGUCGUCAGUGUGUCCUUGGCUGCAUAGACAAGCAGCAGGUUAGCUAGAGAGCUACCACUGGAUUUGACAGCUAUAGGAAGCCGAACCGGAGGGCGCCAUUAGAAGAGCAGCAUAAUUUUCACCUACAAAAGAUUUUGUCACCUUCGCAGAGUGAACAGUCACACAACAACUUAAAAUGGCUUUCUUGAUCAAGAGCAUGAUUGGGAACCCCCUGUCAGGGAUCGGUCUGGGUGGUGGAGGUGACAAAGAAGAGGAGGCCGCCCCCACAGAUCCAGCCAAAGCAGCAGGGAUGACACGGGAGGAGUAUGAAGAGUACCAAAAACAGUUGGUGGAGGAGAAGAUGGAAAGAGAUGCAGAUUUCUUACACAAGAAGGCGGAGAGGGCAACUCUCAGAGUGUGCCUCAGAGAAAAAUACAGGCUGCCAAAGAGCGAGCAGGAUGAGAACAUGAUUGAGAUAGCCGGGGACGACGUGGACGUGCCCGAGGAGCUGCUCAAGAUGGUGGAUGAGGACGCCACGGAGGAGGAGGGCAAGGACUCCAUCAUGGGCCAGUUUCAAAACUUGCAGAACAUGGACAUGGACCAGCUUAAGGAGAAGGCCUCGGCCACCGUCACCGAGCUCAAGAGCAAAGCAGAGGAGAAGUGCUCCCUCAUGUGAACGGCCACAGGGGGGUCGUCUGUAUUUGAAUGAUAGAGAAGAAAAAGAGGAAGAGGAGAACACAAGAAAAUAAAUGGCGGAGAAUCUGCAGACUGAGCUGUGUUCAUAAGUCUGGGAUUCAGUUACAACCGCCUACAAAGUAUUUAAUUUUGUUAUAAUCACUAAAAAAGGCAAAUCAUCUCUGCA